ACUGGCAUGGGUGGCUGAGUUCCCUGUUGCCCUUGGUCUCGGGGUCGCCGUCGGCACUGAGGCUGCAGCUAUCAUGGUGAACUUACUUCAGAUUGUGCGGGACCACUGGGUUUAUGUUCUUGUCCCUAUGGGAUUUGUCACUGGAUGUUAUUUAGACAGAAAGAGUGAUGAAUGGCUAACGACCUUCCGGAACAAGAGUAUGUUAUUUAAAAGGGAAUUGCAACCCAGUGAGAAGUUACCUGGAAGUAAAGACUGGCUGAAUUACAGAAUGUUCAUAUUUUAAAGUUCUGAGAGAAAUAAAAACGUUCAGAA